AUGGCGAGUAGUCGACCCAAUAAACUGGCGUUCCUGUCAAUGCAGGCGCCAGCUGGCUACGUAGCUGGUCUUGGACGUGGUGCCACUGGUUUUACGACACGCUCCGAUAUCGGUCCUGCGCGUGAAGGACCCUCGGCGGAGACCAUUGCCGCGGCGCGUGCACGGCGUGGUGAAGAUACCAACGAUGCAGACGAUGACGAUGACGAGCGAUUCCAGGACCCUGAAGAAGAGACGGCUUUGUUCGCGAAUACAGUCUAUGAGAAAGACGAUGAAGAGGCCGAUCGUAUUUGGGAGAGUGUCGAUCGGCAUAUGGAUGAACGGCGCCGUAAGCAACGUGAAGCACGCGAGGCUGCAGAGCGAGAAGAGGCGCGAAAAUCGCAACCAAAGAUCCAGGCGCAGUUCGCAGACUUGAAGCGGAACUUGGCGACUGUCAGCGAAGAAGAGUGGGCUUCCUUGCCGGAGCCAGGGAAUCUUACAGGCAAGCGACGGAAAGCUGCGUCGCUGCGUGAAGGACGCGACAAUCGCACCUAUGCCGUGCCGGAUAGUGUCCUGCUCUCUGCACGCGAUCAAGCGCAGGUCAGCUCUACAGCGCAGGACGAUGGCGCCGUGAGCUCUCUCACUGAGAUUGGCGAGGCGCGAAACAAGGUGUUCUCGCAUCAGCUUGACCAAGCCUCAUCGCAAAGCGCUGUGGCCUCCUCUGGCCUAUCCACCUCCAUUGACCCUACCGGCUACUUGACAGCGCUCUCUGGCGUCUCGAUCAAGUCCAAUGUGGAAAUCGGUGAUAUCAAGAAAGCACGUAGCCUCUUGGACUCGGUCAUCAAGACGAAUCCCAAGCAUGCCCCAGGCUGGAUUGCCGCCGCUCGUCUAGAAGAAGUGGCUGGAAAGAUGGCCUUGGCACGCAAAGUCAUUGCGCAAGGCUGUGAGCAAUGCCCACGCAGUGAAGAUGUAUGGCUGGAAAGUGCACGGUUGAACUCGGUGGAAAAUGCCAAGGUCAUUCUUGCCCGGGCUAUCCAAUACCUGAGCCAGUCAGUGAACAUAUGGCUUCGGGCGAUGGAAUUGGAGACCGACACGGAAAGCAAGAAGCGUGUCCUGCGCAAGGCGCUGGAGCACAUUCCUGACUCGGUCAAGCUAUGGAAAGAACUGGUGAAUCUGGAAGAAAAGCCGGACGAUGCACGUGUUCUGUUGGCAGGGGCGGUGGAAGCGGUACCCAUGAGCGUGGAAUUGUGGCUCACGCUAGCGCGGCUCUCGCCUCCCGCGGAGGCCAAGAGCGUGCUCAACCGGGCACGUCGGACGGUGCCCACCUCGCACGAGAUCUGGAUUGCGGCUGCGCGUCUAUUGGAAGAAGGGCAAGAACCUGCUGAACGUGUGGAUAAGACGAUGGCCGCGGCCGUGCAAGCGCUGCGCAAAGCUGGGGCCUUGCUGAGCCGCGAGCAGUGGCUUCGAGAAGCCGAACAGGUCGACAAGGAAGGCGGACCUGUGACAUGCGCGGCCAUCGUCAAAGCGACGAUCUACUUGGACUUGGACGAAGAAGAUCGGCGACGUGUAUGGCUGGAAGAUGCCCAGGCAUGCCUGGAGCAUGGCCGUGCUUCGACCGCCCGAGCGAUCUUAUCAUGUGCGUUGGACGAGUACCCGGAUGCGCUCGAGCUGUGGAAGCAUGCAGCGCAGAUUGAACGUGUGCACGGGACGCACGAGUCCCUCGCGGCGCUCCUCGAGCGCGGUGUAUCGCAGUGCCCACAUGCUGAAACUCUCUGGCUCUUCUACGCGGACGAGCGACGACGUGCGAAUGAUGUGCCUGGCGCACGUGAAGUGCUCAGCCGCGCGUUCGAGGCGAACUUGGGCUCGGAGGCCAUUUCCCUGGCCGCUGCGACGCUGGAAGCGGACCAUGGCGAGAUGGGUGCUGCGGCUGCGUUGCUGAAGCGCGCACGCGCUGAAGUGAAGACGGAGCGUGUGUGGAAUACGAGUGUCCACCUUGCGUGGCGUCAGGCGCAUUGGGACGAGGCGCUGACCUUGAUUCAAGAAGCGCUGCAGCGAUACCCUGCGUCGGCCACACUGCAUGAGCUGCAUGGCCGUUGGCAUGAGCGUCAGAACCAUGUGGCAGAAGCACGCGAAGCCUACGCUGUAGGGCGGCGUGCCUGCCCCACCUCGGUGGCGUUGUGGAUUCGGGCGAGUCGAUGGGAAGAAGCCAACGAUUCCACGAUUCGUGCUCGUGCCUUGCUGGAAAAGGCACGGCAAAUGCUGACGCAAGACGAUGCCAUUUGGGCCGAGUCCGCCGCGAUUGAGUUGCGCGCUGGCAGUGCGAUGCAGGCGAAAACACUGCUCAGCCGUGGUCUGCAAGCGUGCCCGACAAGUGGCCGCCUGCUCAGUGCCUCGAUUUGGCUGGAGCCACGGCCCUCGCGCAAGACGCGUGCAGCAGAGGCGCUGCGUCGAUCCGGCGAUAGCCCGUAUGUCAUCACGACGGUGGCGCGUCUCUUUUGGGACGAAGGCAAGGCGGCACAAGCGCGCGAUUGGUUCAGUAAGACGGUGCAGUCUGCCAAGCAAUGGGGCGAUGGCUGGGCGUGGUGGUACCUGUUUGAAGGGUCGCAGCCGGAUGGCGAGGCACAGCGCACGCAGUUGCUGGACAAAAUCGACCUAGCUGAGCCGCAGGAGGGCGACGUAUGGACGGAGCUACGUGCCGAGCCGACGUACGCCACAAUCCCAGCUCGUGACCUGUUGCCCAUGGCUGCCGAUCACAUCUUCAUGACAUCUAAAAAACUACAAGAACAAACAAACGCAUCGUAG